CCCCUUUCCUCGCCCCUUUUGAGCCCAGGACCAGGCCAGUGCUGGAGUUGCUUCGGCCAGCUGUUUAUUUUUAUUAUUAUUCGCAUUUCUGAGUCGUGACUCGUGAGCUCGUUAAAACUUGGACGAGCGCGUCGUCGCGCGUUAGGCUCCCAGCCAGUCACGUCACGUGAUCUACACUGCCAACCAAAUAGGUGGCCUUCUUGGCGCUGGAUGAGCAGGUGAGCGCCAGCGCCGAAAGCAGCUCGAUGACAAUGCGAGCGGAUGAGAGCAGCGAAUGGCCAGGCCAAACGAGAACCAGGAGAUUGCAUAGUACGAUCGAGGAGGUUUACCAUUUGCCAUGACCAACGUCGAAAAUGGCGGACAAAGGCGCACACUUGGCUCAGACAAGAUCCCGAGUUUGUUCGGCAAUGCGCUCGAGUGACAAGCUAAACGCCAACCUGCUAAACCGUGCUGAGCGGCUCGAAGCCAUGGUCACUUUGAGUUCCGACUUCACUGAACGAUCUUGCCCCUUAGACGGCAGUUCACGUACGACAGGCUGAGUCGUCGGUCAGAGCAGACAGCCGAAAUGUCACUGGCAGCCACUUCGGGUCACCGCGGUGAGCCCGCCGCUGGCCUCGUGCUUAGUUGGUCUCCAGGUUUCAACCUCGCGCAAGCCCGCCAGUGGAGGCUGAGUGCCUGGCAGGCAUCCUCCUCACAGGCGAGCCACCAUGGUACUGCGAGUCCUAGCACGCAGGCAGAUGCGGACUAAUUGUGCGAGGAUCAGGAACGAGCGACAGGGGAGCUGGGGCCUCGACUGGACUUUGCUGGUAGACUGUGGUGUGGAAGAAGUCAAAAGAGCAGUCCGUUUGGUGCGCGGCAUGUGAGGCUAGCGGACGCAGUAGACGGUCUCCGCGGUAGACGGCGUGCAGCACGUCAAAGUCGACUCAGCAGCUGUCGAGAAAAUCAAAGGCCUCGUGAAGGAGUCAGACUCUCUUGCUAUGGCUUUCUGGGCUUCGUUCGCCUUGUCUGCAGCCUGGUGCACAGACCAUCCCCAACUUCACUCAAUACAGUACUUUCGCUCUUUUGCGUCCAAACCCUUUCAAACACCGAUCCUCAGUCACCGCUCACGCUCUGCUCGUUAUAAAGAUCGCCUCGCGCUGCCUUCGUCUUCAGUCUCCACCAAUCGCACAACUUCCCCCGCUGCCUUGGCUCACCAUUCGCCUCCCUCUCGUCCCUCCUGUGCCUCUUCAUCCCCGCGGCACCGGUGUUCUCCCCCUCGUCAUUCUCAUCUCGCGCUCACCAGCUGAAUCAUGUCUACUUCUUCAGAGCCUACCAUUACCCUCACCUCGUCCGACGGCGUUGACAUCACCGUCCCUCGCCAGGUCGCCACCCGCUCGGUGCUGAUCAAGAACUUGAUCGAUGAUCUUGGCGAGGCCGCUACCUCCGAGCCGGUUCCCAUACCCAACGUCAACGAAGCUGUUUUGAAGAAGGUCAUGGAGUGGUGCGAGCACCAUAAGAACGACCCCCCCGCCACCAACGACGACGAUGCCGACUCGCGCAAGAAGUCGACCGACAUUGAGGAGUGGGACCAGAAAUACAUGCAAGUCGAUCAGGAAAUGCUGUUUGAAAUCAUCCUUGCCGCCAACUAUCUCGACAUCAAAGCCCUACUGGACGUCGGCUGCAAGACCGUGGCCAACAUGAUCAAGGGCAAGUCGCCAGAGGAGAUCCGCAAGACGUUCAACAUCCAGAAUGACUUCACUCCCGAGGAGGAGGAGCAAAUCCGCCGUGAGAAUGAGUGGGCUGAGGACCGCUAAAUCGCCUUGCCAACAUUUCGGCAACAUGACCAAUGGCAGGCUGCGCCACACUAAUGACAACGACGAUCCCUAACAAACACACACCAUAUCACUGGUCGGCGUCACGCGGAGUUCUUUUCGACUAAGAAGUGUGAAAUUCAUGUGUCCAUCUAGAUCUUUGUGUAACUUCUCCUCUUCGGACGGGUGGCAGAUGUCUCGGCCUUUCUGAGACGAGCUCGUUUUUUAUCUUUCUUCCAUCCCGCGCUUCAUAUGAACACCAACAAGACGGGUGGCGCUGAGAAAGCAGAGCCCGUUCUUUGCACAGGGUCAUACAGAUGACUGAUGAGAAGCACGGCUAGGUAAGAGGGGUGGAGGGCAGAACUUGCUGAAAACACACAAAAAAAACCAUAACACACCAUGGAAAACCCCCUCCGCAAGAACAUCAUGUAUGCUGAGCAGUAGUGAAUGAAAUGAUCAUAUCGAUAGAGUAGCGCACCUCCGCACAGUGUACGAUUGUGAUC